CCCCGGAGCCAGAUGGCCGCUGAUAUAUAGCCUGAAGACGCGAGCUGAUGCAACACUGGCCGGAGAUAACACAGGCAUCACGUCAGAGCGCUCCAACAGGCUCCAGGAUCAGCUCAGAGGAGGAAGCAGCAUCUUCUUCUCGCCCAGCAAAGUCGGACAGGAGUUUCGGGUGCUCGAAUUCCCGCAGAUUAACCGGUACCAACAUGCCUGUCAUCAGAACCCUCAGCAAGGUGGCCAAGCAGGCCCUGCUCGGCACCCCGGGGUGCGGCUGCCAGCCCCUGACAGUGGCUGUGCGCAACAUCAGCUUCUCCCCUCGGCAGGUGACUUCCGACGCCAGCUUCCACUCAGUGUCCUUCUCAGAAACAGACCACCCCAAGGUGCUCAUCACAGGUGGUCUGGGUCAGCUCGGGGUGGGGCUCGCCAAACUCUUGAGGAAGAGGUUCGGCAAGAACAAUGUCAUCCUGUCUGACAUCAGGAAACCUCCAAGCAACGUGUUCCACAGCGGCCCCUUCAUCUACUCGGACAUCCUGGACUACAAGAACCUGCGGGAAAUCGUGGUGAACAACCGCAUCACCUGGCUGGUUCACUACAGCGCCCUCCUCAGCGCCGUUGGAGAGGCUAACGUGGCCCUGGCACGCUCUGUCAACAUCACCGGGCUUCACAACAUCUUGGACAUUGCGGCGGAGCACGGCUUGCGUCUGUUUGUCCCGAGCACCAUCGGCGCCUUCGGCCCCACCUCUCCCCGCAACCCCACACCAGAUCUCUGUGUGCAGAGGCCUCGUACCAUCUACGGCGUCUCCAAAGUCCACGCCGAGCUGAUGGGAGAGUACUACCACCACCGCUACGGCCUGGACUUCCGCUGUCUCCGCUACCCAGGAAUCAUCUCGGCUGACUCCAUGCCAGGAGGUGGCACGACAGACUACGCCGUCCAGAUUUUCCACGAUGCGAUCAAAUCUGGCAAGUUCGAGUGCAACUUGAAACCCGACACGCGGCUGCCCAUGAUGUACAUCGACGACUGCCUGCGCGCCACGCUGGAGGUGAUGGAGGCGCCGACCGACACGCUGACCAUGAGGACCUACAACAUCAACGCCAUGAGCUUCACCCCCGAGGAGCUGGCCCAGGAGCUCCAGAAGCAGAUGCCCCUGGAGGUCACGUACGACGUUGACCACGUACGACAGGCCAUCGCCGACAGUUGGCCGAUGAACUUCGACGACUCCAACGCACGGAAGGACUGGGGCUGGAAGCACGAUUACGACCUCCCGGAGCUCGUCCAGACGAUGCUCAACUACUUUGGCGCAGACACGCGCAUGGCUCGCGCUAACUGAGCGCAUCGGUCCGAGUAUUCUUUGUACAUAAUGUAAAGACUGACCAAAGAGAAUAGAGAAACAUGGCCUGUACAUAGUUGUUCUCUCACUUCUCUGUGUAAAAUCAGAAGGGCUCUGCUUGCCUGGCACAAGGCGACUGUGUCUCCAGAAUGUAAAGGUCAGCGCGGGUUAGACAAUCCUCCCCGCUCCUGUCUAUCUACCCCUGCUUUGCUCUAUUUACCCCCCUUUUUACUCUCCACGGAGACUGGGCAAAGAGCAGCCCAUCGGCGGAAAGUCGUCAGCGGUAUCAGGGACGAAACGGUUGCCUCUGAGAAAAACUUGGUUGGAUGAAAAGGAAGAUGACUUGCAUGUUGAUUAAUUGCGCAAAUUUCUUUUUUUGCAAUGUUUUCUAGGCAAAAAAAUCUAUUUAACAGACUGUUGCAUCUUGUAUGUGUGAGCGUUUCCACCUGUUUUUCUUUGGAAAUCCAAAAUCGGUCAGGGUUUUGUUUUCUGCUAAAUUUCCUGGGAUUUUCACAAUUCAGGUUUUCCGGGCCUAAAGCUCCCGUGGCUAAACUCAAAGUGGGUGUACAAAUGCACAAGUUGUGUUCUUUGAUGCACUUUAGACGGAUUUGUGUCUUAAAAUUACUGAUAAGUAAAUGAGCCUAAUCACCCGCGGGGGGCGAUUUCUGAUGCAGUGCAUCUGUAUUACGAGCAGUGCGGAGCGAUGAUUCUUGAGAAUUGUUCUUCUGUUUAUUCCACGUAACGUUAUUUAUUCUGUCUGUUGGUGUUAAACGUGUGGGAGCUUCGUCAAGUGAAAGCAUUUUCUCAACACUCUUGUUUGUAAGUGUUCCUGUCCACUUUUUAUGUUAUUUUAUUAUUUUCUUCAACUCUGGGGAUUUGUUUUGACACAAGAAGGGAAAUGUGACGCUGUAUGCCACAUUUAGGUUCAACCACAUGUGGUGGUUUCUGUAUCUCGACAUUUUGUAAAAAAGUGACGCUGGAAUUUGGUCUCUGUAUGAAAGUCCUAGCAGGUUCUGUCUGGUCUUUUAAUCACAACAAGCUUUGACAAUAAAAGGGUUUUUUUUCCACGUAC